CUAGUGUUUUCGGGAGACGCGGGCGCAUGGAGGGCUCGGGCGGCGAGCGUGCGCCGCUGCUGGGCUCGCGGGGGGCGGCCUUCGCGGGGCGGCGGGCGGCCUGCGCUGCCGUACUGCUGACCGAGCUGCUGGAGCGCGCCGCCUUCUACGGCGUCACGGCCAACCUGGUGCUGUUCCUCAACGGCGCGCCAUUCAAUUGGGAGGGCGCCCAGGCCAGCCAGGCGUUGCUGCUCUUCAUGGGCCUCACCUACCUGGUGUCGCCCUUCGGCGGCUGGCUGGCCGACGCGCGGCUGGGCCGGGCGCGCGCCAUCCUGCUCAGCCUGGCGCUCUACCUGCUCGGCCUGCUGGCCUUCCCGCUGCUGGCCUCGCCCGGGCCGCGGACCGCGCUCUGCGGGCCCCACCGGCCCGCGCACCCCCACAACUGCUCGGCGCCGCCCUGCCCCGACGAGCCCACCCGCUACUGCGCGCCCGUCGCGCUGGCCGGCCUGACCCUCGUGGGUCUGGGCGUAGGCACCGUCAAGGCCAACAUCACGCCCUUCGGCGCAGACCAGGUUAAAGAUCGAGGUCCAGAAGCCACAAGAAGGUUUUUUAACUGGUUUUACUGGAGCAUCAAUCUGGGAGCAAUCAUUUCGCUGGGCGGGAUUGCCUACAUCCAGCAGAAUGUGGACUUUCUGACUGGCUACCUCAUCCCCACUGUCUGCAUCGGUGUGGCCUUCCUGGUCUUCCUCUGUGGCCUGAGCGUGUUCAUCACCAAGCCUCCCGACGGCAGUGCCUUCUCUGAUAUGUUCAAGAUCCUGGCAUAUUCCUGUUCUCCCCAGAGGCGAGUCAGAGAGCGCAGGCAGAGUGGUGAAGGCCUUGGAGUCUUUCAGCAAUCUUCUAAACAAAGUCUGUUUGAUUCAUGUAAGAUGUCUCGUGGAGGGCCCUUCACGGGAGAGAAAGUGGACGACGUGAAAGCCCUGGUCAAGAUCAUGCCUGUGUUCUUGGCUCUGAUCCCUUACUGGACAGUGUACUUCCAAAUGCAGACGACCUAUGUUCUACAGAGUCUUCAUUUGAAGAUUCCGGAAAUUCCCAGUUUUAAAACCACUCCUCACACGUUUCCGGCAGCCUGGCUGACCCUGUUCGAUGCCGUGCUCAUCCUCCUGUUGAUACCGUUAAAGGACAAGCUAGUGGAUCCCAUCUUGAAAAGAAAUGGCUUGCUCCCAUCAUCCUUGAAAAGGAUCGCUGUCGGAAUGUUCUUUGUGAUGUGUUCUGCCUUCGCUGCAGGAAUCUUAGAAAGCAAAAGGCUGGACCUCGUCAAAGAGAAUAUCAUCAACCAGACAAUUGGGAACGUGGUAUACUCAGCGGCCGACUUGCCCAUGUGGUGGCAGGUGCCCCAGUACGUGCUGAUCGGCCUCAGCGAGAUCUUCGCCAGCAUCGCAGGCCUGGAAUUUGCAUACUCAGCGGCCCCCAAGUCCAUGCAGAGCGCCAUCAUGGGCCUGUUCUUCUUCUUCUCCGGUGUUGGGUCUUUCGUGGGCUCGGGCCUCCUGGCACUGGUGUCCGUCAAAGCCAUUGGGUGGAUGAGCAACCAUGCAGACUUCGGCAACAUCAACGGCUGCCACCUCAACUACUACUUCUUCCUGCUGGCUGCGAUCCAGGGUGCCACCCUGCUGCUCUUCCUCCUCAUCUCUGUGCGAUACGACCACCAGCGGGCGAGAGCCGGCAGCAGGCCAGGCAGCAGACCAGGCAGCAGGCACACCUGAGCAGAGACAGGUGGGGUGGGGCUCGGCGUCCUGGGACUUACCUGGCACCGGGUGGGGUUCUUUGCUGCCCACAGCGUCCCAUGGUAAGUGCCUUAUCUCGAGCAGGCGCAGCCAGGCCUCUGCUCAGGGAGACCUGCUCACAUGCAGAGCCCGGUGUGGGGGCCGCGCUGCAGCGGCAUCUCCCCGCAGACCAGAUGAUCUCGGCUUUUUUCUUUUUGGUUGAUAAACCUGCUUAUCUUGACUGGGAGGAGUUUUAAGAGGUCGGACUAUGGAUGGCUAGAGGCUCCUGCAGGCCAUGCCCAUCUUAAUUCCUCUACCAGCUCUUGCCAUGUGCCUCUGCUGGCACAGUCCAGGGAGACACACUUCAUCUGCUGCUUUGGAAACACUUUCUAAACUGUCAGCCUUUCCCUGGAGAACACUGCAGGAGACAUGGGGCCGCGUGUCUGCCCGUGGCAAGUGCUGGAGGGCUGCAGGCAAGCGCUGUCCGAUGUGGGUGUCAGGCCUCUGUGCUGGUUUGUCCUGCACGAGUGGGGCCUGGGCGAUGGCAGCGCCAGACCAGCUGAGAGGCGGGCAGAGAUCUCGGGAGCCAGUGCCCCUCAGCAGGGAGGUGUGUGCGCUGGCCCUGCUGGGUGGCUGCCGCUGAGCCGCUCCAUGUGCAGGGCUCCGGUCGGCCAAUAAACUGUUCUGUUGCUCUGU